GUGUUCGGGUUCAUUGCUGCUGCUGCUGCUGCUGCUGACGGCGGGGUGUUGGUGGCAGCUCCACUGGAGUGAAAAACAGAGCCUGUUGGUUUCGAAAUCUAGAGCUGAUAUCUAGAAUAAAACAAAAUGGUCUUCUUUACCUGCAAUGGAUGUGGAGAGUCUGUGAAGAAAGCUCAAGUGGAAAAACAUUUUAAUAUCUGUCGGAGCUGCUCAUGUUUGUCAUGCAUUGACUGUGGCAAGGACUUCCGGGGAAAUGAUUAUAAACUCCAUACAAAAUGCAUUACAGAAGAUCAGAAGUAUGGCGGUAAAGGGUUUGAAGGCAAAGCCAAAAAGGGAGACAUGAAACAGCAACAGUGGAUACAGAAAAUUCACGAAACAAUGAAUGACUCAAAAGUUAGUCCAAAGGUGCGUGAGGUUUUACAGCAAAUGGAUUCUUAUGAUAACAUACCACGAAAGAAAGCUAAAUUUCAGAACUGGAUGAAAAACAGUUUGAGGAUCCAAAAUGAGGCCCUACAGGAACAGGUGUGGGAGAUCUUUGCUGCUGCUGUGAGCAAUGAUAAAAACACCCAACAAUAUCAGAAACAAACCCAGAAUGGUGAAGGUCCUUCAGAGUCAGUAGAAACAAACUCGGAUCAGGCCCCUGUCACAGAAAACAUUGAGAAGAAGAAGAAGAACAAAAGGGAACGAAAGGAAGAAAGAAAAAACAAAACCAAAACCAAAAAAACAAAGAAAUAUUUGCAGGAGGAUGAAAACGGGUUGGAUCAUAAACCGGAUUACAAAAUGGAAGAGAAAAAGAAGAAAAAAAUGAAGAAAUUGAACGACAUAGGAGAAGCCCGUGCGGUGGAGGAAAAUGGACAGGAUAUCCAGCAGCAGGGCAGUGAGAACUCACACGGCAAAGUGAAGUGUGGGAAACGGAAGCAUGCAAAAUCAUCCACUGAAGGUGAACCCAAAUCGAAAGAGAAGAAAGUUAAAAUUGCGGAAACUGAAGAUGUGGAAGAAAAUAAUGAGACAAAGCCAGGGAAGUUCAACUGGAAAAGAACAAUCAAGAUGGUUCUUCAGCAGUCUCCAGAGCAAGAAAUCUCAAUUAAAAGGUUGAGAAAAAAGGUGCUAUCGCAGUACUAUGCUGAAGUUGGUGCCAGUAACUUCAAAUCUGAAGAAGACCUCCAAGCGACUUUUAUCAAAAAGAUAAAUUGUAACCCCACAUUUAAAGUAAAGAAGGAUAAAGUGAGACUUGUAAGUUAGCAUCUGGAAUGAACCGUUUGUACAUGUGCAAAUCAAUGAAUGGACCACAUAGAGACAGAACAUGGUACGAUAUUCUGCUUCUUUAAAUGGAUUUAAGAACAUUUCCUCAUUCGGCUGAUGUUGAAAUUUCUGUUUUGAAAUUAAGUGAUGACUGGAUCUUCAUUGUGACAUAAAAAAUACUGUACUCUUUAAUAAAACACGCUAUUUUUACAUGUGCUGACAGAG